CUCGAUUUUUGUCUGUGUGGUGUUGUCUACGUCGCAGAAGUGGGCGGAGGGUGCCUUGGUUAUUUAGAUUUUGAAUACUAUUUACAAAACGAACAAAUAACUCUUCUUGCACAAUAAUAUGAUGUGAUUUUAGUAUUCGUGAGAGGUGGGUUGGCCGUAACCUCAGUUGGUUAAUAUUUUGGUACCUAGUUCAUGUUCAUGAAUUCAAGCAAUAAGUGUAAUCAAAAUGGCGGACAGCCGUUGAAGAGUGCCAAAAACGUGUCGGAAACUAAGGACAAAGUUUGCCAUGAUUUUGUUAGAGGUAAAUGCUACAGAAGCCAGUGCAAAUUAUCACACGAAUGCGAUAUACAGACUAUGGUAGAGAUAUUGCGCAUUUGCCACGAUUACCAGAACUCUACUGGGUGUACGAGAGCGAACUGCAGUUAUUUACAUGUUUCAAGGGAGGAGGAGAAAUUGUUUCGCGAAAGUGGCAAAUAUCCCGACGUACUCGUGACGAAGCACAAGAAAAUGAAUGAGCAGAAUAUGCCGAGAAUGGCGGGCCAACCACUUCAGACGCCCGCCGCGGGGCCUCCGCCUGUGCUGUCUGUGAACCCCAUGUACCAGCAGGGACCGCGGUGGUUCUUGUUGCCUCCGCCCCCUCCGCCGAAAGAACCCUCGCAACCGCCUCAGCCUUAUUCGGGCCCAGGACCUUCUGCAACACCUCGUCCACCACAUGGUUUUGAUACAACGAAACCGCCACCACCACUACCUCAAGCUUUUAUACAAAAUGGUGUCAUGACGCGGCUCCCAGGGCCUAGUACAGCUAUGCCACCACCAAGCACUCUGCCGCCCCAAGAACUUCCACCAAUGGAAAUAGAUACGAGUCGACCCCCACCACCUAUCGCCCCGCGGUUAACUGCUGACAAGAGGCCCAUCACAGAAGCGUUUGGUCCCGGCAAUGAAGCCGGACCUUCACAUAAAUCCAGAAAGAUAUCCGACUCGAGUUCGUGCGAGAUCUGUAUGCAGUGGGAACUCAGAAAAAUGUUAUCUGAAAAGAAAAAGAAAGAAAAGUUAAAGGAGAAGGGCAUCGUGUUACUGAAAUUCGAGGAAAAGAAGAAAGAAAUUAACAGUAUUAAAGAACUGCUGGGGGGGCUCGGGUUAUCACAAGUUGAAAACAUGAACACCGAUAGCAAUGAUGCUUCAGAUUUAGGCUUACCAAAUGACAUUGAUAGUCUAAUUUUAAGGGAUUCCGAGCUAUUUAACCAAAUUGCGAAAAAACUAAGUCAGUCGAAGGAGCAAUCUGUUAGCGAUUCGGGUACGCCGAUUGUUUCCCUGAGGCCCAAUGGUCAAACGGUGUUGAUGGCGAACGGGUCCGCGCCCAGCCCGCACAGUCACCCCUUCCCGAACAACCUCGCACAUCCGCAUCCGCCGCCCCCCCACCACUACAACCAGCCUUACAGACCGCAGUUGAACAAUCAUUUGAAUCAUCAAAUGACCAUACAGAACGGCAGCCCGUUGGCCAACCAAAUAAACAGCCCGUUACCCAACAUUUUACACAACAAUAUGGUCAACAAUAUCCCCAACAGUAUGCCCAACAAUAUGCUCAACAAUAUGCCCAACAAUACGCCCAACAAUACGCCCAACAAUAUGGCGUUCAAUAUGCCCAACCAGUACAACGUGAACCAGAUGAAUCACCAGGCGAACCAAUUCAACCAUUAUCUGCAACCUGGUCCAAGCCACCGUGCCUUAGAGCCGCCCACGCGGCCGCCGCCGAGCAACCUCCCCAACCCCCUGCCGCCCACGAUGCCCCCCCACGCGGACAACUUCUACAUGAUGGGCAGGUUCCCUCCCCCAUUCCCCUAACAUACGUGAGGUAUGUGACAAUGUGUAUAGACUGUACGACUUAUAAGGAUAUUCGUAAUUUAAAAUUUACCUAGUUUGUAAGUCCAAAUGGUGCUGCUAGCGAAUUUACUGCUAUAGGGUUCUGCCUUUGACAAGUCGAUUUUUACAUUCGACGCUAAUAGACGUUUAAUUUUUUUUUUUUUUGUUUUGGCAUCUUAGGUUUUUUUGCCAGUGACACUGGCAAGUUAGAAGAUCGUGGCAAAUGCUCGUAAAACACCAUGCCUACCGGCUUCCCCUGGUAGGUUUUAAUCAGAGAUCGGAAUAGGUAGAUUGAUUUUAUGUACUUGCAUCAUGAAUUAUCAUAGAAAGCAUAACAUGGAUAAGCCUCUUUUCCGGGAUUCCAUUUGCUACUAUUUGUACCAUUCCAGAACUUUUUUCGCUAUAGAAGGCCAGUCAAUCAGAUUGAUAUGAUAUAAAAUGAAAUGAUGAAAUUUUAAAAUUUCUUACACUUACAGUAAACUACAUUGUCCGCGGGUAACAUAGGACUACAAUUUACGUGAACGAAGUCUGGCGAAAUCAGCUACCACUAAUAUAUUCUUCAUCCCACUUGUAAAAAUAAAUCCUGCAAUCCCGGAGGCAUGUCCAUAUUAUUGUAUACGUUUCAGUUCAUUGACCCCAAUUCAAUCUACCUAUUCCGAUCUUUGGUAUAUAUAAUUUUCUUAUUAUUGACAAUGAUAUUAUAUAUUUUUUUUAUUAUUAACAAUCAAUACCCAUAUAAGCCGACGAUCGAAAACCGUAUGAACUGAAACAAGGCAAUUUAUAAUUUAUUUUUUGACUAUUUUGAUGAAACGAAAUGUAUGACCAAAGUUGACAUAAUUAAAUAGCGCGCUUCGUAAUUGUCAAUAUUUCUAAUAAUUAAUUAAAUAAUAAUUCCUCAAUGGAAAAGUCCUAUGCCAGAGUUGAGAGGAAUGAAUUGUGGUCAGCACUUUCAGCAGUAUGAUGGGUGUGAAAUUGAGUGACCGGAUAAGGAACAGCGUGAUAAGGGAAUGUUGUGAUGUGAAAGAAGAUGUAGUGACAGGAACAGAAAAGGGUAUGUUAAGAUGGUUCGGUCAUGUGGAGAGGACGAAUGAAAGCAGGUUGACUAAGCAGAUAUACAAGGAGAGUGUGGAGGGAAAGGUCGGAGUGGGAAGACCUAGACGAACGUAUCUUGAUUAAAUUAAGGACGUCCUGGUAAAGGGUCAGGUCAAAAGUACCCAAAACCGCCGAGCUUGCAUGAAGAGAGUUAUGAAUGUGUAUGAAGCGAAGGAAGUAUGCAGAGAUCGUGUCAAGUGGACAGAAGUAGUCUCUGCCUACCACUUCGGGAUAGAGGCGUGAUUUUAUGUAUGUAUGUUCUUCCAUACUCUGGAUGCCAAAUUUAUACGCAGAGAACUUGAAUCCGCGCAGCGCACGCAUACAUAUUACUACCACAAGGCAGAGCCCUAAUUUAUAAUAAGUUUUGUACAUAAGUUAGCUAUUUUGAAUAAGACUGAAUUUUUAUAUCGACUGAUCUCUAUAAAGUUCCAUAUUUUUAUUGUUUAGAUCUAUAGCUGUCGAUUUAUAGCUGCCCUGGGGGUGUAUUCACGAACGUUGACAAAGUAUACCUAUAUACAUAAAUAAAUGACGCCUCUUUCCCGGAGGGAAGGCAGGCAACUACAUCUUUUCCUUUUCCACAAUCCCUGAAUACUUCCUGACCUGACCUUUUGCAAGAACGUUUCCGAUUUGGUCAAGUUACGUUCGUCAAGGCCGUCCCACUCCAUCAGUCCCGACAGCAACGGCCGCUCCUCUAACACAAAUUGAAAAAGCGGCACAACUGACUAGCUACUACGCCUUUCCCAGCUUUUGGCAGCCCGACCGACACUAUGUCAUACCCAGCAGCUUGCGCUACUUCCUCAUUUUUUCCAAAAUACACACACACACAUUCUUUCACCUUUUACGAUGCCUCAGAGCCUCCUAUCAAACUCGUCUGACGAAAAAAUAGAAGAAGCGUUCUUUUUCAUUCAGUUGCAUUUUGAAAUCUUAGAUUGGAUUUAGUUACCAAAAAAAUCCAACCACGCCAACCAACCCCGGACCACUACGCCGUGUAAUAUUUUGUCGUGUGAUUGGCGGAUAGUGGGAGACAACAGGAACGUAGGAGGGAGGGGGUGAAGGGGAAAGGAAAGCAUAUGCUUCAACAACAUUCGUGAAUAACCCCGCAGUAAUUUCAACCAAAAAAUUAUCCUCGUAAGGUUUAUAUUUAAAUAAAACGUCCGCCUUAAAAAAAUAGUUAGAUAUACCGUCCAGUAGUAUUUAAAAAAUGUGCCAUUGAUAUUUGUUUUUAAUUAUACAUCAGUAUUACUAAGAUUAAACUUAAAAAAAGGGUUCCUAUUUUUAAUAUAAUGAUUUUUGAUAUACAAUUUACCAUUAAAUAUGUUGUUGCCUUUUACACAACACUUAUGUAAACAGGGUUGGAAACUGGUUUAUAUAAACCAAAUAAUAUGUUUUAAAAAUGGUUUUUGGGGCAUAAUAUUAAAGAAUUAUUAGUUAUAAUAUUUCUUGAAAGUAUAGAUCUAAGGUUGUUUUCGCUCGAACUGAAACUGCCCUCGAGUGGCAAACCAUGUUUCCAAGCUCUAAAUACUAGUCACAGUUUUUAACCAGGUUUCCAAGCUCUAAUAACUAGUUAAAGAUUGUAUGUAUGAAGUGAUUCUACCUUUUUACUGUUAUGGACACAGUUGUGUAUACUUAUCUCCGUCGCUAGUAUUUAAGUGUGGGGAAAAUGACAAUUGGUCUAAAUGAAAAAAAAAGUACGACAAUUUUUUUUAUCGGCGUCAGAUUCUCUAAACUAAGAGACGGCAAUAUAUGAAUAGUAAUGAAAGAUUUUUCUGUGUGUAAUAUGUAUAUUUUGAGUUCACCCUAUUUUAUUAGAUUGAUUGUUGUUUUCCCUGCAAAUGACCAAGAAUAACAUAUGAAUACACUAAUACUAGUCUAAAUAUUUUCACACAAAUUUGUGACAUAAACUCGAAACUGCCAAAAUGCACCUUGCCUUAAAAUGCAUAUUUAUGAAGUCAGAUCUAGGCCUCCUGAUAAAGUUUGUACAACAACCCAUGUUUAGGAGUUUCCCGUAUCAGUGGUCUCAUUUUAAAAUGACGAAACAAUAGCAGCUUAUCUGUUUUGUGUCCUAUUUCUAGUCAUUUUCAAUGUUCACCAUAUUUGCAAUAUUAAGCAUUGCGACUUUUGUAUUUGAUCAUUCGUUCAUUCGUUUCAAUCUCAUUCGUUCACCACUCAUAUUUUACUUUUGUCAUCUGAGUAAAUAUUACCGGAGUGAUUUCUAAAAAUGGUUUGUUGUUUUUAUGUCACAAUAAUAGCAGAUGUAUAUUAUUUUUUAAUUAACCCGCUCUGCGCGUACGCUUUUGCCAUGUUUUUGCUCACAAAUGUAUUGGGAGAAAUUAUGCGAUUUUAUUUAUCAUCAUAUAACUAAAAGGUUUUCAUUUUGAACGCAUCUCUCAUUUUCGAAGACAACGUGUACUGGGAUCUUGUUAAAGUGAAAAGAAUUUAUACUCGAUCAGAUAUUUAUUGUUUGUUUGUAACAUACAUUGUUACACCAAUUUCGACCUGUUUCUGAAGGUAUACAUUUUCAAUAUGCAUGCGUCACUUUGUGAAAGAAAUAUGUGCAGGAUUUGUGAUAUUUGUUAUAUUGUCAUUGAAUUAAAAAAAUUAUAAACACAUCUUGUACAUUUUUUCGAUAUCGAUAAUAACCAUAAAUUUUGAGAUAUGCAACAUUUUUUCAUUACAAAAAAAGAAAAAAGGCUGUAUUUUCUCAAUUUCCUUUUUUAUGCACUUGUGAAAUUUGUGUUUUCAUUUGGCAUGCGUCACUUUUAUUUAAGAAAAUAAUUGCGCAAUAUAUUCUGAUUUUUGCAAUACUUUUAAAAUAACAUUGUAAAGAAAAGAAUCUUCAUUCCUGUGUAAAAAUUUUUGUAUAUCGUUUAUUUGUGUUUUUUUGUAUGUACGUACUUUUUGUAUGAACCGAUUUUGGGGAUAUGUUCCAAAACAGAAUCAUUACAGGAAAUAAAUAUUAAGGUUAAUAUAUUGGAUAAGAAUCCCUGAAGAUUUAUGUAGAAGCAUUUCCAUUUGAAUUGUAUUGUUGUAUGUAUGUAAAGUCAGUAUUGAGAAUUGUUGAUUUAUCACCGUUGCUUGGCAGCGGCGAACAGAGGUUCAUUAAUUAUCUAAAUAUUAUCGAUAAUCCAUCAAUUUAUCUAUAUGUAUUGUAAACCACGUGUUGUACCUGACAUUUUGCCUUAUGACAAGUUUUUGGCCGGCGGUUUGCUCCCAUGGAAAUUUCAGUAUGAAAUACAUACAUUGACUUGCUUAUAAAAAUCAGUGUUUGAGGUUGUAUAAAAAGUCGUAGUUUGAAGAAAGCCAAGAUAAUGAUCGUGUUCUUACUCACGUUGAUGAGAGAGAUAGAACAUCAAACUACUUACAGUAUUAAUUUUGGCUAACUAGCUAAUCGUUCAUGUAGCAAAAAAGACUAUCAAGAAGUUAUAUUAUUCAAACAAGUGGAACUUUUAUUACCUUUUUACAAUUUUAUAGCGUAAUUCCGCGCGAGAAAGCGCUACAAAUUAAAUUAGGUAGAUUAAAGACAUUUCAUGGUGCUUUGUUAUUUAAUACUUAAAAUUAGGAAUUAUUAAACUUGAGGUCCCUUGGGAACGUAAGUGUUAAAAAAAAACAGGGUAUGCGUGAACCAUUGACCACCUGUAUGUACAAAGUGAUAUGUGAUAUUGUGCCAAAUAAAUUUACAAAGCACGCACUGCGCUAAUUACUGGUUUGUUUUUUUCCUUCAUGUAAGUAAAUGGAAUAUAAAGAAUGUCCUACAUUCUGCAGCCCAUAACAACGAUCUGCUUCUGAUCCAAAGAAAAUCGUUUUUUUAUUCUUUAUAUUUUAUAGCAAUACUUUUCACGAAGUUCCAAUUUGUUUUAUGUGUCAAACGCAGUGCGUGUUAGUCAAUUCUAUGUCUUCCAAUUAAGCAAUUGUUAUACAUAUACAAUAAAUAGCAAUUUAGAAAAAUGUAGUCGAUCAAUUUUUUCCUAUGAAAUUUGUCGAGUUGCAAUAAAGUUAU